GGGGUCGAUGAGCAUCUUGGACAUGUCUCCAUCUCCCAGAAGCAGUGGAGGGCACACUUCUUGGGACCACGGUCCAUCAGGCCUUCAACACAUUCUUCAGUGUCCACAGCCGGAGAGGAUCCCCUUGGUUUCUGCUGAGGCUCCCAAGCAGAAUGAGAAUGAAGUGGGCCCACCGUUCAGUGCAUGGCUGCCUGAGCAUGAUGUGAACUACUGCCCCCAAGUGACUCUCCCGCCCUCCCAACUGAUUUCUUGUCAGGGACUGUCUCCCUCUGAACCAGGAAUGAUGAUUUUUGAGGGGCCCCAGGUGAUGUCCAUAGGAGAGCCCAAUCUUACAGGGAUGGCCAUGACCUUCAGUGAGAAUCUAAGGGUGCCCUCCAAUGGGCCGCCAGACACAGGUCCCAGUGGAAUCCCACUGAUGUCCCACAUUGGUGUUGUUCCAACAGUGCCCUAUUCAUGCCACCCAACACCACCUUCUUCUAACAGAGACUCUUCGACACCUAAAAUGUUAUUGGCCCCAACCAUGCCUUCUGCUGAGGACCAGGCAGUGCUCCCCUCUUUGGCUCAGAUGUUGCCCCCUAGGGAGCCCCACAAUUGUCAAAUGCCCCCAGCUGAGUCCCCAUCACUGCUGGCUUUCGAGUCCCAGGACUCUUUUGUUAGCCGGCCAGCUUCUCAGGAAGACCCCUUCCUGCCUGAGCAGCCCAUACCUGCUCCACAAAGAGCAGAGCAGAAUUGCAGGGCCCAGGACGGGGCUCCCAGGAGGAGACCCGCAGUUGCAAGGCCUUACUGCUGCCAGUAUGAGGACUGUGGAAAAGCUUACACUAAGCGCUCCCACCUCGUGAGUCACCAACGCAAGCACACAGGUGAGCAUGGUACCAGGCAGGUGGGGUGGGGUGGAGGUGUCUCUGGAAUUUAGUUUUGUGCGGGACCACUGAUUUGUAAUGGUUGGUGACUUAGCCUGUCAUCCUUCAGUUUGGGGAUCAAGCUAUGCUGUCCUCACCAACUUGCUUUGCUGCAGUCCUGAAUGGCUGUACCAAGAUGAUGGGGCUGCUGAUUGUGUUGCCUCCUGCUUUUCUAUGUUUUUCCUGUUGGUCCCCCAACCUCGGCUGCUCUGCCUCAUAGAGUCAGACCCCUGCCUUCCCACCUAAAUUCCUCAACUUAACUCCUCUCCCUUGUUGCUUUCUCUUCCCAGGUGAGAGGCCCUAUAAAUGU